CCAGAUACUCGCGCCGGGGACACUGCAAUCCCGCCAGCACCCCUGAGACCGCAGCUGAGGCGCCAGCCGCGGCGGCGGAUAACGGGGAAAAUGUGGGUGUUUGGUUACGGGUCCCUGAUCUGGAAGGUGGAUUUCCCUUAUCAGGACAAGCUGGUCGGAUACAUCACAGGCUACAGCAGGCGCUUCUGGCAGGGCAGCACCGACCACCGCGGGGUCCCCGGCAAGCCUGGAAGAGUUGUCACUCUUGUUGAAGAUCCUGGGGGUUGUGUAUGGGGUGUUGCUUACAGAUUGCCAGUAGGAAAGGAAGAAGAAGUAAAAGCAUACCUUGAUUUCAGAGAGAAAGGCGGCUACAUGACAACAACAGUCAUUUUUUAUCCGAAAGAUCCCACAACAAAACCAUUCAGUGUGUUGCUAUAUAUUGGAACAUGUGAUAAUCCUAAUUAUCUUGGUCCUGCACCUUUGGAAGACAUUGCUGAACAAAUUUUUAAUGCAGCUGGUCCUAGUGGAAGAAAUACAGAAUAUCUUUUUGAACUUGCAAAUUCUAUUAGAAACAUUGUGCCAGAAGAUGCAGAUGAGCAUCUCUUCUCUUUGGAAAAAUUAGUAAAGGAACGUUUAGAAAGAAAACCAAACCUCAACUGCAUAUAAAGACCAAAUACUGUCUUUUUCAAGUAAGGACAGUUCUUAGUCUUCAGAGAAUAGAUUCAUUGCACAUUAACAGUAUGAUUUGAAAAUGUGUUAAGAUCUUAUUUAUCUCUAAUGUAGUUAAGAUAUCCUCAAAAUUUAGUUUAACUGCAACUGUCCUGAAAUAUAUUCAAAAUCCUGAGGGUUAAAGAAAAAUUCAAGUUCUAAUAAUAUUAUGAUUUCCUAAUAUAUAAUACUGAAUACUUGCUUAUGAAAAGUGAGUUCUCUAGAAAAAUUCAGUGGACUCAGUUCAGAGCUUGUUUUUAUCAGAGUACAAUAUAAUCAGAGUAAAAUUCUGUUGUUUCAUAUCACAAUACUAUUUUGAAGUUGUAGAGAAUUAAACCAAAAGUCCUAUAAAUAUAAGGUUAUACUUUUAGUAUACUCCUAUACAAUAAAUCUGUAACCAUGGCUUAAAUUAUAGCUUAAAAUUAUGUGUAAUUUGAAAUAUAUAGUAAUACAGACAGAUUUCAGUCUUGAUUGUGACUUCAAAUUUAAGCCAAAAAACUUGGCAUUUUUAAUAUUAAAUUUCCUUGUGAUUAUAAAGUGCAAUAGCUCUUCUUCAAAUAAAUGCAUUUUUUUACUUGGAAAAACUCUUUAAGCUAAAAGGGCACAAAUUACAUUGUACAAAUCAUGUCCACUAACAAUGUUGUUUUUCACUGACUUUGUAUUACUCUUACACUAAAACUUAAAGAUGGGCUUUCUGAUUUUACCAGCCAAAAGAAAUAUAUAUAAUGAAAUUCAGUGUUUGAAAUUUUUAAAGUAGCAUUACCGGAUCAUUUAUUACAUGGCUUUUUAUUCCCUUCUAGUGUCUUAUCACUUAAACAAAGGUAUCUACUAAAUAGUGUUCAUGAUGUUACUCCUAUCGGAAACAUACAUGUACCUUAUUAAUUCAUAGACUUAGCCUCGAUUCUGACUAAGUUUUUCUUGA